AUGAGGGACGGAGGCGGAGGAGUUGAGAAAGAUGCGACAAGAGCUGUCAAACUAUACGAGAGGGCGAUUGAGGAUCACGGUCAUAUCGCCGCGAUGGUGAGCCUCGGCAAACUACUGGAAAAGGGCGCGGAGGGAGUCAACACGAAUGCAGUCCGCGCUGCAGAGUUGUAUGAAAACGCGAUCGACAAAAAUGACGUCAGCGCGAUGGUGGCGCUCGGCUUGCUGUUGGAGAAGGGCGCGGAGGGGGUCGAGACGAACGCGGCUCGCGCAGUGCAGUUGUACGAACGUGCGAUCGAAGAAGACUUGUGUGUUGACGCGAUGUACAACCUUGGCAACCUCAUGAGAGAAGGAGGCGACGAAGUUGAGAAGGAUGAAGCGCGGGCUGCCAAACUAUACGAGCGGGCGAUUGAGGAUCACGGUCAUAUCGCCGCGAUGGUGAGCCUCGGCAAACUACUGGAAAAGGGCGCGGAGGGAGUCAACACAAAUGCAGUCCGCGCUGCAGAGUUGUACGAAAACGCGAUCGACAAAAAUGACGUCAGCGCGAUGGUGGCGCUCGGCUUGCUGUUGGAGAAGGGCGCGGAGGGGGUCGAGACGAACGCGGCUCGCGCAGUGCAGUUGUACGAGCUUGCGAUCGACAGAAGGGAUGAUGACCAUGCAUUGGAGAAUCUCGGUCUGCUUCUGCACCACGGCGCGGAAGGAGUCGAAAUGGACGAGGUCCGUGCUGUGGGGCUGUACGAGCGUGCGAUCGAGAAAUCGCGCAGCGGUAACGCUAAGGUCAAUCUGGCUGAUCUACUGAGGAUAGGAGGAGACGGAGUUGCAGACGACGAUGCGCGGGCUAUGAAGCUGCUUGAGAGUGCGAUUGAGGAAGACGGUAACGCUGACGCGAUGGCGCAUCUCGGAACCGCAAUGCAGUACGGAACGUCCGGGGUGCGCCGUAACAUAGGGCAGGCGGCACGGCUGUACACCAUGGCGAUUGAGAAAGACGGGAACAACGCAGUGGCUCUGCGCAACCUGGAAGUCCUGCAAAGGGGCGGGCUGGGUGGCAGGACCGGGGCCGUGAGACGACUCCAUGGGUGAUUUCGUCCCCAACAUCAAAUGCCUUCACGGGUCCGGAAGCACGUGCUGGGGGUUGAAUCAGAGACGCGCGGGCACUCCCGGUAAGUGAGAAGAAGCGAGCGUGGAAGAAACGAGCAUGGAUGAAGUGAGAGUGGCAGGUGCAAAAGGGGACGUUUGCAUAGUUGCGUGGAGAAGUCGGGGCUGGAUCCAAGGCAACUGGAAUAAUUAACAACCGUGGCACACGUGUAAAUAAGUAUCAUACAGUAGACUACUGUACAGUAGGCCGCCUUUCAUGCAAAUACCUCUCGCACAGGAAAUGAGUUUGAUACUUACAGUAGAAGUACUGUGCAAUUGGAACUGAUUGAGAAUACCAGUACAGUGGGAUACACGCAAUAGUGCCACCCCUUGCCACAUCCCAGAAGGUGCUAAUAGCGGAGAGUGAAACGGAGGAAAUAUGCCCUCUAAUGCUUACCUAGAUACGCUUUAGUCA